CGUUAAUCUGCUUUAUCCCGCCAAGCCUCAGCCGAGCAGGGACUUCAUUUCGGUAACGAACGAGUCUAGCGGGAAGUCGGAAUUACAGAGGGAGAAAAAAGAGGGAAGGGAAGUAUCCGCGGGUUAGGAGGCAAGUUUUGAGAGAUCACCCGGGGUGUGUUGUGAACCCCUCACACACCUUGCAUCCAUACCGACAGCGCAGAGGAGUGCGUCGCGCAGUGUGUCGCAUGGAGAGCUGACCGGACCCUCCUGAACCUGCUGGACGCACCACACACACACACACACACACACACACACACACACACACACACACACACACACACACACACACACACACACACACACACACACUGCUGUGGUCACACUGGGAGGCAGGAGGUAUAGCCCAAGUAUACACCGGGAAUCUUGCCACAUCGGGAAGCUGGCAGCGGUGAUUUGGGCAUGGAAAACCCUGGAUUCUGGAUAUUCCUGAUAACAGCAUGUGUUAUCCAAGGACUGAACGGCCAGUCUGUGGAAAUGGAUGACGGGAAGGCAGGGUACGUGGGCUCAAAGGUGGAUCUCCGCUGUCGGUUCAUCAACAGCGCCCCACCCGUCAAAAUCUCCCAGGUAACAUGGCAGAAAUUGGUUAAUGGCAUUAAGCAGAAUGUGGCAAUUGCCAACCCUUCCCUGGGCGUGUCAGUGGCCCCGCCCUACAAGGAGCGGGUUACGUUUAAGAACGCGGCAGUGCGGCGUCGAACUCCAACUUUGGAAGACACGACCAUCACCUUCUCGUCGCUGCGCCUCAGUGAUGAGGCCACGUACAUCUGUGAAUACACCACGUUCCCCGCAGGGAACCGAGAGAGCACGGUCAACCUCACUGUCUACGCUCGCCCCACCACUCGGAUGAGUCUGUCCACGCCCACCCUGGUGGCUCGCUCAUCCUCCAACGUGAAAACACCAGUGGCUACGUGUGUCUCUGCCAAUGGAAAACCACCAGGUACCAUCAGGUGGGAGACGAGGGUGCCGGGAGAAGCGACCACCCGGGAGUACCGUAACCCGGACGGGACGUUCACGGUUCAGAGCGACUACAUCUUGGUGCCCAGCAGAGAAACACAUCAGGAGACUCUGACCUGCGUCACCACCUACAAUGACGAGGUCUUCACCGACAGUGUCACUCUGGACAUCCAGUAUGAGCCAGAGGUUUCAGUGGAUGGCUUUGAUGGAAACUGGUACCUGAACAGAGAAAACGUUCAGCUGAGUUGCCAAGUUGAUGCCAACCCAGCCGUGUCGCUGUAUCAGUGGAGACUGGUAAAUGGCACCAUACCAAGUAAUGUAGAGAUCCGAGACAAUGUCCUGACCUUUAAAGGGCCAGUCACGUACGACCUGGAAGGCACCUAUGUGUGUGAUGCGACCAACAGCAUCGGGACGCAGUCAGGCUCAGUGGAGGUCAGCAUUAUAGAAAAGCCGCUGCCCCAGGUUGCAGCCAGUGAUGUCAUCAGCGUGAUUGCUCUCUUAUUGGCUGCUGGGGUGCUCAUGGGCAUCACCAUCACCGUCUUGGUGCUCAAAAUAAGAAGUCGGAAAGAUGAUGACUCGUAUGUACACAGUCUGUCGCCUUUAACCCUUUGUCUCAAGCUCUUCUCCCCUCCAAUGAUUUUGAUUCUUUAUUUGCAUCAUCAUCAUUCAAAUUAUGUUCUCACUUUCUCUUGGCUCAGCAAUGGCUCUCCCUCUCGAAAACUGUCCCAACCUGUAAGGAAAAGGCCAACAGAUGACAUCCAGCACUCUGGGAAGUUGUAUGAGGAGCUUCCCAACACAGCGGACUAUGUGAGCUACAGGCUGGCCUGUAACAAGGAGGACUACCCGGAGCCUUACUCCCCUCCCAUCGACCCUCCCCUCUCAUUUCUGCCCCAGCACCCCUACCACUCCUCACAAACCACCACAGCCACCACCUGCACCACCUCCUUCACCCAGAUCACCUCGAGAAACACCUUCACUCCCCCUUCACGCUCUACUGCCAUCUUUAAAUAUCCAUCAGUACCGGGUUUGUCCGCUCCUCCACCUGGAGUUGCUCCGUACACUUUCCCCAAAGAACAAUACGUCUGAACCGGCCCCUCGCUACAAACUCAAGCCUCUCCGGUGAUCUCACAUGAGAUGAUCCUGUUCAAACCCUGACUUUGUUGGACAAAUGUCUGGCCCUGGACACCUGGCGCCAGGCAGUGUCCACCCUCUGUCUGCUCCACUGGAGAUGGACCUGUUACUUUGGCAGCAGCUGGAAGUCUAAGGACAAUGGAAAGCAGAACCAGGGAUGAGCUUUUCUCUUGUUUGGACUCAGAAUUAAGUCCAAUUUUGAAACGUGUUCUUUCUCCUGUCCUGUCCUUUACGUGUAUCUGUUCUUUGAAGAAGAAAAUUUUGUUGGAGCAGCUUUUGAAUGCUUGCUGGCAAGGUUACAUUGUAGGUUAGAGUUCACAGAAGAUGAGGAUGAAGUUGAAGUUCAAGAUUAUUUGGCUGUCAGUGGAAACGAGUUUGAUGACUUGAUGUUGCACAGAUCUAUUAUAUUUGAUUGGAUAUUGCUCCGCAUGGAAGGGGCGAUUAUUUACUGAUGUCCAGUGCAGUACCUUGUCCUCUGUAAUGUCAUGCCAUGAAAACAAACAUACAAAAAAAGUUCCUGCUAUAUCGACCACACACUCUGAAGUCCAGUAAACUGACCAGUCAGUCCACUGAAGAGCAGAAGACCUCACCUGUUUGUUUUACUCCUUUUCCUGAUGUAAUACUUAAAUGUACUUGUACUUUUGUAUCAUUUAUGUUUUUUUUUCUUUGCAAAGAAACUUUUUAUGUACCGAUGACUCGUUUAUUGGUUUAUGACAUUGAUGUUUUUAUUUGUGGUCAUCUGUGGGUUUUAGCAUUCAUUGACACUGGCUGUUGAAGAACCUUGCAUUUUUAGUAUAAAUAAAAAUGACCAUGUAAAUGUA